GUGAUCGGACUCAACGGGUUCAACGGGCUCAUAUGAUGAUGAUGAUGAUAAUGAUGAUGAUGCUCGCCGCCUCAGGCGUGUGUGUGUCGGGGAUCCGGGUGUUCACGGCUGGGGAAGUGAAGGCUGUAAACGGGACAGACGUGCGUCUCAAAUGCACCUUCCAGAGUUCGUCUGCGAUCCGAGUGUCGAGUGUCACAGUGUCCUGGAGCUUCAGGCCGAUCGGCCCUGGACAGGAGGAGACGGUGUUUUAUUACCACGAGAAGCCCUUUCCUCCGCUGGAGGGCCGCUUCACGAGGAAGGUGGAGUGGGCCGGAGACGUAACCGGACGCGACGCUUCUGUAGUGCUGCGGAAAGUGCCGUUUAGUUUCAACGGGACGUUCAGCUGUCAGGUGAAAAACCCUCCAGACGUGCACGGGAACGUUGGAGAGGUGCGUUUACGAGUCGUCACUACAGCCUCGCUCUCUGAGAUUGUGAUUCUCUGUGUGGCCACUGGAGGCGCUGUUCUGUUGGUUCUCCUGCUGGUGAUGAUGGUUGUGUCCGUGCGUCGCUGUCUCAGACGGAGGAACCCGGAGCAGAACCACACGAUGCUCCGACAAGAGCAGAAGGUCCUGACGGGCUGGUGAGAUCCGGAGGAAACCCGUUCGCUCGGAGAGAUCGGAUGAG